CAACAAAGUUUAGCCUACAGGGGUUUAGCCACAGUAGCGCGAGGGACGGUGGGUAGAUGUUAUUGCAACUCAGAAUAUUUAAAAUUACCUAGCAAACGUUGAUUAGCUCAACAAUCUCGACAUCAUUUCAUUUAAAAUCCAUAACCUUUUUGAUUAUAUAGUUUGCGUCCACAGUUUCAAACUGUACUUUACAUUUUGGCGCCGUAGGAUACUUAGCUUGGCUAACAUUAGCUAGCUAUUUUGUAAACAACACCAACCAAUGUAGUUGGCUAUCCAUACAAACGGUUCAUUUUAACCUUGCAGCUCUCAGAUAACAUAGCAUUUGGCUAGAUAAGGAAAACUCGCUAGCUGCAAGUUCUACGGCCGAGUGUUCGUUUGUGAUUUAAUUUGGAACUGACUUGGUAGGCUGUUCCCUAGUCUAGUUCGCUAUCAAACAUUAGCUACCUAGGUUUGUUUCGGGAGAGUGGCUUCGCGCAGCAAAUCGUACAAUUUACAUGAUUUUACUCGUCAACCAACAGUCAUUAUUCUGUAAUUGACCGUAAUUCUGAUCAGCUAAAGAACUUAACUCGCUGUCUAUUUAACUGGCUUCGUAAUUUUCACCUUGUUCACUAGACUAGCAAGCUAACAAGUUAGCUACCUGGCUAGUCUUUCUGCACCAACUGUCGUUCACUCAAGGUAGCAGUACUUUUAGCGAAUAUUAAACUACGUUGAUAGUGAGCCAGCAGCUGUUAUCGACUUUGACUGGGUUGCCAGGCUAAAAGGGAAAGAAAAGCAUACCCCGAGGCUUUCGUAUGGUUACCACUCGAGAAUGAAUGUCGCAAAAAGUGGGUAUCGUGUCUUUUCUGCUAACUCCACCACAGCAUGUACAGAAUUGGCCAAGAAGAUCACCGAGCGUCUUGGUGUGGAAUUGGGCAAGUCUGUGGUCUACCAGGAGUCCAACAGAGAGACCAGAGUAGACGUGAAGGAAUCUGUUCGAGGGCAGGACAUCUUCAUUAUCCAGACCAUACCCAGGGAUGUUAACACUGCCAUUAUGGAGCUGCUGGUGAUGGCGUAUGCCCUCAAGACCUCGUGUGCAAAGAACAUCAUAGGGGUGAUCCCUUACUUCCCCUAUAGCAAGCAGUGUAAAAUGCGGAAAAGGGGCUCCAUAGUGUGCAAAUUGUUGGCGUCUAUGCUAGCCAAAGCAGGACUGACGCACAUCAUCACCAUGGACCUGCAUCAGAAGGAGAUUCAGGGCUUCUUCAGCUUCCCCGUGGAUAACCUGCGGGCUUCUCCGUUCCUCCUGCAGUACAUCCAGGAGGAGAUCCCUGAUUAUAGAAAUGCCAUUAUUGUUGCAAAGUCCCCAUCCGCUGCCAAAAGGGCUCAGUCUUACGCGGAGCGGCUGCGGCUGGGCCUGGCCGUGAUGCACGGGGAGGCCCAGUGCUCCGAGUCUGACAUGGCCGACGGCAGACACUCUCCCCCCUCUGUCCGCAACACCUCCGGGCACCCGGGGCUGGAGCUGCCGUGGAAGCACCAAGCUCCGUUCCCUGGCAUAGAGCUCCCAAUAAUGAUGGCGAAGGAAAAGCCACCCAUCACAGUGGUGGGAGACGUGGGAGGAAGGAUCGCCAUCAUUGUUGAUGACAUCAUAGACGAUGUGGAGGACUUUGUUGCCGCGGCGGAGAUCCUGAAGGAGAGGGGCGCCUACAAGAUCUACAUCAUGGCCACGCACGGCCUGCUGUCUGCCGACGCCCCUCGCCUGAUCGAGGAGUCCGCCAUCGACGAGGUGGUGGUGACCAACACCGUCCCGCACGAGGUGCAGAAGCUCCAGUGCCCCAAGAUCAAGACCGUGGACGUCAGCAUGAUCCUGGCAGAGGCCAUCCGCCGCAUCCACAACGGGGAGUCCAUGGCCUACCUCUUCCGAAACAUCACCGUGGACGAUUAGGGCGCGGGGGCGCGGGGGCCGCUCCCUCCGCCCGUCCCCGUGUCCCCCCCCCAAACCUCCGCGUUCCUGCCUGUGCCGGGGCUGCUCUCCGCCUCGUCAGUGUCGUCCUUCAGAGCCAGUCCGACUGAUCUGUUUUCUACGACAUUUUUCCCCGCUGUCGUUUUGUGUUCUUGCAUUUUCUUUUACUUGUCGAGAAUAAUUGUAAAGCUAUUAAAAACAAAAGCAGAAAAAAAAAAAAAAAGCGGAGUACAAUUAAUGCUGAGAGAGUCGGUCCGUAUUGCUGGCGAUUGCCAUGGGUUGUACUGUAUCCUUGUGUGCUGCACAUGCAGUUUAAUACUUUGUACAAUAAAAUCCUAACGGUUUGGUUCACUACGUGCUAUGUGCUCACACGGCCUUCCAAGUGUCACUCAAGUCUUUAUGUGCAUACAUCACUACUUCACUCUGCUGUGAUUGGGUAACCGGCAUUCCCCUCUGUUCUCUGUCUGGGUGAAUGCAGUGUGGUCUGCGAUUUGGGUGAACCGGGUUGGACCCCAGUGGGAGUGGAAAGGAAACCUGUACAUUGUAGUGUGGCAGCCUUGGUUCCUCUAAACAGAAGUUUAUAUGUUAGCAUUCAUACCUUCUUUCAUUGCUUUCAAGUGAUUAGCCAUUUUCCCCACUUCUGUAGGACUUGAAUAGCAUUUGCGCGUGUGUGUGUGUGUGUGUGUGUGUGUGCACGCACGAGUGCGAAUAUGCACAUAUGUGUGUGUGCGCACAGUCUGUGCAUGUGUGUGUAUCUGUGUGUAUUUGUUUCUAUCUGUUUGUAUCUGUGCCUGGUGUCCUUGUCUGUAAAGCCAUGAUGUUUGUAUUCACCGAGAAGGGCUGAUCUUUGUGAUUCUCGCGGAGCGCCGUCGUCAGACUUAUUUGUUUUGAACUUGGCAGUCUGGUGUUUUCAUGGUGACAGUGCUCGUUGCGGGUCAUAAACUUUAGUAGUGUCUGUGAACCGUAGUCCUGAGUUUGUUUUGGUACUGAAAGGGAACACGUUCAUUUUGUUGCCGCAUUUAACUCGAUCGCACAUGUCCUUGGCUGAUUUAAAAUUUUUGAUUUUUUUUUUUAAAUGUGCAUUUUUGCGUGUUAUACUGGUUCUAAGCGUAUUCAAUUUGGCAUGAAAAGCAAUAGUAAGCCUGGUGAUGUCAUACUUGUGUAAAUACUUGCAGUUAAACUGUGGAAGCAUUUUAGGCCCAUCAGACACGCCUCUGACUGGAGCCUUAUUUUUGCCUUGUUGUUCCCUGGUACGGUGUCCUGGCCUAUCGGGAUAAUAUGCUGUUUACUUGUCAGUGAUUACGCAGAGCUGGCUGCUUAAUUGAAAUGUCAGCCGUAAGUGUGCAUUUCAGGAAAUGAAGAGUUAAAUAUUGGGUAUUUCCAUCACCAGUGAGGUGCAUCAAAUUUGUCCAUUUCAUAAAAUAAAUGUUUUCCUGGUAUUGGCAUCAAUCCCUCAGUCUUCGUUUUUGACGAACUGGUGUUUACAGCUGAGGGUGUUUUGGGACUGGGAGAAUGGUUUUUUUUUUUUCAUUUCUCUAUGCAAGAGAAAAGGCUGCUGGACCAAGCUUAACUGACGUCUGAAUAGAUUAUCGGUUAUCAUGUUCUGAUUCCUAAACGGACCUGGGUCCAAGUACGUAUUUGUUUUGGAUUCAAAUAAUUUUCUGUGCUCUGUUGAUCUUGCCUGGGUGUAAUUCAGCCUGCCAAUAUGACCAGAAGGCGGGGUUUGCGCUUUUCGAGAGUAUUUCAUUGGUUCCAGUAGACCAGACAAGAUCAGUAAAGCGUAGAAAAGUAUUUGAAUCCAAAACAAAUAGGUGUUUGACCCAGGUCUGUUCCUAAAGCAGUAUUUUUUUCUGCGGAUAUCACCUGGUCGUCUUCAGUGUCUGGUUCAAAAGCGUUAGAAACUUUUAGCUCCUCGGUUUACAUUAUUAUUAUUAUAUUUUUGUUUAUUUUAAAAACAUCUAUGCUCCUUUUCGCUGUGCCCUUUUUUUUUGAGGAAGGCGCACAGAUUCUUUCCUUUACAUGUUAAACUUCUUGUAGCUUGUAGCAUGUCAUCAAUGUAAGGACCUUCUGUAGAAUGGGCUUUGUAAGAGCUGAGUGUUUGUAGUCACAUAAAUAAAAUGAAUUUUAUUUGCA